CAUACGACAAUAUCCAGUUUAGUCGUUUAUGACAAUAAACUAUAUAUUAAUCAGAGUUAAUUUAAAAAUCUGCGAGUUUUCAACACAAGGAGGAGGAGAUGAAUUACGAAUUUGGGCGAGAAAGUGGUUUUAUCAACAGCCAGCCGUCGCUCGCUGAGUGCCUGACAUCUCUCACUAACCCUGUCGGUGAUGCAUUUCAAAGUUCAUCAAUCAAGAGCUCGGCGCUUUCACAGUCGACACUGAUUCCUCCUCCUUUUGAGCAGACCAUCCCCGGCCUGAACCCGGGCAUCCACCCACGCCACAGCCGCUCAAAGCAGCCGCUGCAGGCUGCAUCCCUACCCCCGGAGUACCCGUGGAUGAAGGAGAAGAAAAGCAUCAAGAGACACCAGACUGCUGCUGCUGCUUCUUCUGCAACAACGACUGACUCCUCACCACUCUACUUCUCCCCCCAAGGUUCACCAGAGGGGCCAGAGGUUGGUGUUGGCGGUGGAGGGGCAUCCAGGAGGUUGAGGACCGCGUACACCAACACACAACUUCUGGAGCUGGAGAAGGAGUUUCAUUUUAAUAAAUACUUGUGCAGACCGAGGCGAGUGGAAAUAGCUGCUCUGCUGGAUUUAACUGAGAAGCAGGUGAAAGUGUGGUUUCAGAACAGGAGGAUGAAGCACAAGAAGCAGACCCACUGCAAGGAGAACCGGGACAGUGAGGGGAAAUACGCGUGCCUGGACGACGGGCCGGAGGAAGAGUUUGAGCAGGAGGAGGACAGCAGUGCAGAGCGGACGCUCCUGGAGAGGGAGAGGUAUUUCCACCAAAAUACCUUAACUUCACAACAUUGUCAGAACGGACACAAUGGGGAGAACCAAAGCCCGGCUGCUACGCCUUUGAACAGCAAUGAGAAAAAUCUGAAACAUGUUCCUAACCCGGCACCCACUGUUCCUAUCUGCGUGUCAACAAUAGGCCCGGACAAUGAUAAUUCCUCGGGCCUGGACGUCUCUUUGCAGGAUUUCCACGUUUUUUCAUCCUCCUCCUCUUUCUCACCAAGUUUUUCAGAUUCGCCACAAAGUCCCCUGUCUUUAUCAUCCGAAACUUUUGACCUUUUCUCUGAAACACUUACAACAAUCGACCUGCAAAACUUGAGCUAUUGAAAUAUUUGAACAUGUUUUAUUUGAAUUCAGACACUUGUUCAGUUUAUAUGCUCAGUGUUAAUAGAUCUCACAAAUAAGGUAAGUUGAAGCAAAAACAACAUGAGCCUGUACGGGCAGUUUAGGCUGCGAGAGAAGAGUUUAUUUUUAUAUGAAU